UGGACAUUUUGCAAUACUAAUCUUUCUGACUGUAUUUUAAGUGCUUGAAUUGAUUCGCAUUUUGAGUUGAUUAAUUAGUGGUACUUCAUUGUAUCUAGAAUUUAAAUUUAAAAAAAUUUCUUUUUCAGUCCUGUCUUAAAUGUGUAGAGUACCUAAACACAGUAUCUAAAAGCGUUAUAUUUUGAGUUUAGACAUCGAGAACGGUUCUAGAAGUCCAUCUAUAUACCUUGGUUUGUGCUUUAUUCAUGUUGGUUCGCUUUAUUGUUACGUUGAACAAAGUAUACCCUACACUGUAAACAAUUCCAGAAAAAUUACGAUAUAAAGUACUAGCACUUUUAGUGCCUCCUCCCUAAAAUUCAUUUUACCGUAAAUUUCUUUAUAUCGUAAAAUUCAUUUGUACAGUAAUAUUUAUUUGAUUAAAGUUAUUCAAUGAUUUUACGGUUUUAUGAUGAUGAUUUUAUGAUUUUGAAUUAUAACUGUAAAAUUUACUGUAUAUCAGAAUUUUGUUCAGUAAUAUAUCCUAGUAAAAUGUAUUUUACGUUAAAGAGCACCAGCACCUUUUUAACGCAAUUUGACCCGAAUUUUUUGAAGUGUAAGCUCAUUUGUGUCAUAAAAAUUAUAGAACAAAGAUGCUGCAAUUAGUCAUAAAUAUAUGCAUAGUUUGUAGUUGACUAUAAAACAAUUAAAGCAGAAAAAAUAUUUAUUUGAAGAAAAUAUAAUUUUCUGUUUCUUGUUUUCAUUUUAAAAUUUUUCGGUAAGAUUUUGAUUAAGCUACUUGAGUAAGUCAAAAUAAAAUUAGUCAAAAUAAAUUGAUAAAAAGAAUACUAUAGAAACCGAAAAGAUAAAUUUAUCUGAUAAAUGUAUAAUAUAUUUUAAAAUCGUAUAAUUUUUGUUUUAAUUUUGUGACUUUAAUAUCUCUAUGGAAACAAGCAGACCGUUAUCUGAUUUGGUAUAGUUAUCAGCCUUUAACCUUUCUUUGUCUUUAUCUUAUCGAACAUUAAGCAUUCCAUUCUAUAAUUGUUUGAUUGAUUGUCCACACGUAUUAAAAAAAAUAUCUUACCUAAGCUGUUAAGGGUGUCAGAUACUAUUUUAUGUUUUAUAUUCUGCUCGCAUCUUACAGACACAGAUCUAGUUUAACAUCAUCCAGGUGGCGCUGAUGAGGAAUUAAGUCUUGGAUGAAUUAAGGAAGGCAAUGAAACUAAGUGGAAAAUCUUUUGAAGAAGAAAAGCUUCUACACUACAAGUGAAAAGAAAAAUCUCAAGCUAAAAUGACCUUUCCCUACAGCAAGAAAUUAAAAGUAGCUAAUUUAGAAUUCAGUAAUGAAAAUUUCAUAUCAGUGAUUCAAAAUACUAGUGAUGCAAGAUCUAUUCACCUUGAUAAGUUCAUUUAUCCCAGUGUUUAUGAGUUAGCAGAAUUCUCAUCUCGAGUAUAUCGUGAAAGAGAAACUUUUCUUAAUCCACUGGAAAAUGGUUGGGUUUUGUUGACCACGUCAGAAAACUCUGGUGACGGUUAUUUUGGUGCAGCAUAUUGGAAUCCUGAUCUCCAGCAAGUAGUUAUUGCACAUAAAGGUACAGAGCUUAAAGGCUUAAAAGCUCAAAGCAUGAAAGAUAUUUGGGCGGACUAUGAAGGUAUUUUAUCGAAUGAAUAUACUUCUCAAAUAAGCUCUGCAAUUACUUUUUCCAAUAAAAUUGCAGUUGAAGUGGAAGAGUUCAAUAGAAAACAAUCAGCGAGCUUGACUCUGUCUAUUACUGGACAUUCAUUGGGAGGUUGGUUAGCACAGAUCACUACUUUUUCUACUGAAUACCUUACUAAAGGCGAGAGUGACUUUUUUGUAAAAAGCAGAAAAGAAGGUUUUCACGCACAUACAGUAGUCUUUGACAGUCCUGGUUGCAAAGACAUGUUGUUGAAAAUGGAAAGUGACUUUGAUGUACGCUACAGCGGUAAAGCCCAUUCAUCUUCUUUCUUGGAUGUCACAAUUUACCUAUCCGCACCAAAUUUGGUGAAUACUCUUCACUCACAUCUUAACGUUGGUAACUUAUAUCGGGUAUUUAUUGAAAAUAUAGCCCACAGAUCAUCUAGUUGGGAUUUUUUUCAAUACACAAUGGAAACUCACAAUAUGAGCAACAUUAAAAAGGCUUUAUUAUGCAGUUCGGAAAAAAAGAUAAUGAAGGUAUCAGACUGGCCAUUAGUAAAAGAAGGAUUAGGUGGAAUAAUAGCUGAAAAAAUAUUUAAUCUAUUUUCAAUGAGCACCAACGAAUAUGAACAUUUUCAUAAAUUAGCUAAUUGUACUAACUGCUAUAAUCCACCUCCUGAGGAUAGCGAAUAUUGUACUCUUCGUUACCAAGUUCAAAGUGUUGAAAAAGGAGAAUGUAGUGGUAAUAUUUUCACACAGCCGGAGUUUGAAUUUCUGGAUGGUUGCCGCUGGUUAAAGCAAUUUUCGAUGCUUUCUAACGCUGAUGACUUAUUUUCUUCUCUUGAUACAAAAACAAAAGGAAUAUUGAAUGCAAAUAUAAUUGAAGAAAUAUUGCAAGGUUUAGAAAUGAAACAGGGGGAAGGAAGAGGUUUCAUCAAAUACGGGAUUGGAGAAAAACUUCAAAAAUUGAUUAUUUGCGUCAAAAACGCUCUGUCUGUUUUUCCAACUAUACACCAUGAAAUAAAAUCUAAAUUAGAUAAUCUGGAUGCUUUUAAUGAUGUUUACAGAAAACAAUCUGUAGAUUAUCUUCUGUCAAUUGAAUGUAUUGAAUUCAAACAGGCUACAAUGGAGUUUAUUGCUGGAUUCUUAAAAGACGCAAACUUGCAGUUUUUGCAUCUUAUAUUUAAAGACCAUCCUAUAAUAGGAAUAAAAAAAUACAUAAGGUUUUGAAAAAGACAAAAAACGAGUAUCAAACCUUUUUUCUCAGUCUGAAGCAGCUUUUAAAUUUAGAGCAGUUUUUUCCGUUAAAUAAAUUUGUAAGGCAAUCGGAUAAGGACGUUUCUAUGCUGUUCGUGGUUGAAAGUAACAAUGUAUCAGUGGAAAAAAGAGAACUAUUAAAAACUUAUUUCAAACUAUUAUUUAGGGCUUUCGAAGAUAAACCGAAGUAUAAGUUUAUUCUAUUUUCCCAGAAGAAUUAUGAUUUAAAAUUUUAUUUUGGAGAUAAUAAUAAUUUUAUUUAUGAAGUAUGGGAUGAUAAAAAAUUUAAACUUGAUGACUUAACCUAUGAUUCUCAACAGCAACUUUUAGAAAAAGAUAUUUAUUUUCAAGGGAGAAAGAUAAGCUUGGGCACAUUAAUAACAAGUGAGUCGUCACAUCUAGUUGAUGAAGAAACAUUAUCUAAACUUAUAAACAAUGAAGCGAUAGAGGUAGGUAAAGCACUUCCAGAUUGGGUGAUAUUGAGAGUUACUAUAUUGAUCGCAUUUUUACACAGCCAAAAAUUAAAAAAUACAUUAAAAAUGAUAUAAAUUUCUACCUUACUUAUAAUGGUCGGAUUGAUUCAUCUGAACUUAGACAGUAUCAAGAUAUAUUGCUGAUUUCCGAUUCCAGGAGCGAUUUUGAUAAACUUUCUAUUGAACAUGAAAACCAAAAUAUUCAUUGGCUGAAAGAAGAAGAUAAAGGAUUUAUGUGGCAAAAUUCUCGGGGUGCUACAUCCAGAUUGCGCAGGUAUUUAGACACAGACGAUGGUUAUGAAUGUCGUGAAUUGCAUGAGCGAAUAGUAGUUAUAAGUUCAGUGUCUGGUGCGGGGAAAUCCACUGCAUUCACUAAAUUGGCACAAAAUAUGAAAAACAAAGAUGCCACACUUUGGGUUGUGAGAAUUAACUUGAAUGAUUAUACUGGAAAGUUAGCAAAUGUCGAUUUUCAUAACGACAAGAACACAAUUUUUAAAUUUAUAAUGGACAUAGCAUUAGUAAACACUCCUCUAGAGCAAGAGUUAUUUAAACACGGAUUAAAUACUACAGGUAAAGUUGCCUUGUUAUUUGAUGGAUUUGAUGAAAUAGUUCCUAAAUACGAAGAAAAAGUUGUUGAACUAUUAAAAGUUUUGAAGCAUUCAAAAGUAGAGAAACUCUGGAUAACUACACGCCCACACAUGAAAAAUGAACUAGAAGAUAUAUUAAGUGUACUAUCGCAUACUUUAAGACCACUAUCUAGAGAAGAUCAGUUGCUGCUGAUUCAAAAUUAUUUCCAUAAGAAUCUGAAGCUAAGUAUUAAGGAGAACUUUGAGAAUUUCGCCAAACAAUUGCUUGACAGUGUACUGCAACCCAUUUCGGAUAAAUUUCAAGAAUUUACAGGAAUACCCUUGCACACAAAAAUGCUGGUUGAGGCUUUUCAGGAAGAAUUCAAAACCCCUUAUAAAUUGUUCAACAGAAAUGAAUUAAAUUUGUCGAAAAAAAUAAGUAUUAUCAACCUUUAUAAAUUAUUUGUUGAAAUGAAAUACAAAAGGCAUCUUGCAGAAAAGCAGAUAUUAGAUACAACAAAAUCUGGACCAGAAUAUGAAAUACUACAUGAAUCGUUUUUACGAAAAUAUACCUUGUUAUCUUUAGAUGCACUGCUUUGGGAAAACGAUUCAGAAAAGUUUCUUGAAGAUGACAAAAUAACCGAAAUGAAGAAAUAUAAACAGCAGGUAAAAGAUGGAAAGGAAAAUUCAGGUUUCAUUAGUCAAAUUGUCGAUGAAAAGCCAAUAUUCAUUCACCACAGUUUUGCUGAGUAUUUUGCUGCACUUUUUUAUUUUAACAAUGUAAAAAGGGAAAAAAUAAGGAAAUAUUUUUUCGAUCAGAUUUAUGGAAAAAAGUAUGACUUGACCACUAUAUUCUUUGACCAUAUGGUAACUGAAGAGGGAAACAACUGUGAAGUGCAUAUUGCGGUUUUAAACGGCGAUGAAAAGGAGGUAAGGGAAUUAUUAAAAAAUGCAGACAAUGUAGAAGAUUUCACUAAUGCUGAAGAUAGGAUAGGAAGAACAGCACUUCACGUAGCUGCUGCAUAUGGAUACUAUGAUGUUACCAUGACUUUAUUAGAGCACAGAGUUAGCGUUGCUGCUGAAGACCUUUUCGGAUGGAAGCCUAUAAGAUAUGCUGAUAAAAAUGAUCAUUGGGAUAUUGCCGAUUUACUCUUAAAAAAUGGAGCAAAUAUUGAUGACAUGUGUGAAACAAUGAAUCAAUUGCUUCUUGCCUCAGUAGCUAAAUUACCAGUAAAAACCUUA